AUGGAAGGAGAAGAAAGGACAUCUGCAAGAAGUGAAAAGAAAGGAAGGUUCAAAAGGAUUUGUGUGUUUUGUGGUAGUAAAGCUGGAUACAAGUCUUCAUUUAGUGAUGCUGCUCUUGAGCUUGGCAAACAGCUGGUAAAGAGAAAGAUGGAUUUAGUCUAUGGUGGGGGAAGUGUAGGUCUUAUGGGUUUGAUCUCACAAACUGUGUUUAAUGGAGGUUGCCAUGUUCUCGGAGUUAUUCCUAAGGCUCUAAUGUCUCAUGAGAUAUCAGGAGAAACCGUCGGAGAAGUGAAAACUGUUGCAGACAUGCACCAAAGAAAGGCAGAAAUGGCAAAACAUGCUGAUGCCUUCAUUGCCCUUCCUGGUGGCUAUGGAACCAUGGAAGAGCUGUUAGAGAUAAUUACCUGGUCUCAGCUUGGAAUUCAUGAAAAACCAGUGGGACUGUUAAAUGUAGAUGGAUAUUAUAACAGCUUGCUUGCCUUGUUUGAUAAGGGAGUUGAAGAAGGUUUCAUAACAGAUACAGCAAGGCACAUAGUUGUUAUAGCUGAAACUGCGGUUGAACUUAUUAAGAAAAUGGAGGAGUACGCACCUGUCCAUGACACGGUAGCACCCAGACAAAGUUGGGAAGUGGACCAAUUAUCAGACCCUACUGCAAGUGGGAACCUCUAG